CAUUCUCACUCUUCAAAUCACCAUUUUCAAAAUCCUCUAAUUCUCUCCAGUUUAUGGAGACACAUAUACUCAGAUCAUCAGAUUCACAGAAAUGGCGAAGCAAAAGAUUGUGGUGAAGGUGAAUAUGCACAAUGAUAAGAAAUCUCGAAAGGCUCUGAAGAUCGCCGUUAGUCUCUGCGGUGUUGAAUCGGCAUCAUUUGUGGGAUCAGAUAAAGACCAAAUCGCGGUGACCGGUGAAGGAAUCGACUCGGUGGAAUUGACGACUUUGCUAAGGAAAGGCGUAGGAUACACAGAGCUAGUGAGUGUUGGUCCGGUGGAGGAGAAGAAACCCGAGGCCAAAGAAACGAAGGCAACUGUGGAAGUUCAUCCUUACCAGUACUACUAUGUCCCUUCCUACUAUGUCUACGGGAUGUGAGAACCGAAGCAAAAUCAAAGAAAUCCGAUUCCAGUUGCUGCUGCUGCUGCUGCUGCAUUUCAUCCUCCUUCUCCAGUUCUCUUCUUAUAUUCGGGAAUUCUGAAUAGAGCCUUCAUCUCCAGAGAUGGUAUGUGUGAAGAUGGUAAAAGUAAUCUUACAGAUUUUGAUACUUUGUGAAUAUUUCCGUUACUGUAUCAACUUCGUCUAGAAUACAUAUAUAAUGAGAAAUUGUUCUUUGCUUUUU